AUGAAAGACUUCACCGCUGAGAGCCUCUGCCACGACCCCAUCCACGGAUAUAUGCCCUUCGUAGCCGCCGGCGAACUGCCCGGCGACGAAGUGGUCGAGCAACACAUCAUCGACCACCCGUGGGUCCAGCGGUUACGCCAAAUCCACCAACUGCAAACUGCCUGGUGGGUCUUCCCCACCGCCGAGCACACUCGCUUCCAGCACGUACUCGGCGUCAUGCAGCUCGCAUCCCGCGCCGUCGACGCCCUGUAUGACAGUCUCAACGAAGUCUGCGACGACGUGCCGAGCCGCCCCUACGUCGAAACACUCAUGCGGAUGGCCGCCCUGCUGCACGACGUAGGCCACGGCCCCUUUGGUCACUUCUUCGAUCAGCACUUCCUCGCCGACUACGGUCUCACUCACGAGACACUCGGCUGCACCAUCAUCGAACAAGAACUCGGCCACCUGCUCCGCGGGCUCCGCCGCAACCCGCAUGGAGAGAUCCCCGCAGGCGAAACCCUCGCCCCCUGGCAAGUGGCCUUCCUCAUUCGCCGCCCCCAAGGCCCCGACGACGGACCCCGCUGGCUGCAAAUGCUUCGCAGCCUCUUCAGCGGGCUGUACACCGUCGACAACAUGGACUUCGUCCUCCGCGACGCCUACAUGACCGGCUACAGCGCCCGCGCGUUCGAUCUCGAACGACUACUCCACUACAGCUUCUUCACCGAGCGCGGUCUCACCAUCCACGAACGCGGCCUCCACGCCCUGGUCCGCUUCAUCGAAGUGCGGGCCGCCCUCUUCCAGUCCAUCUACUUCCACCGCGCAGUCCGGGCCAUCGACCUUACGCUGCAAGAACUGUUCGAAGGUAGCAAAGCGUUCCUCUUCCCCGGCAACCCGCUCGAGCAUCUCGACGAGUACCUCCGCUUCACCGAAUGGACGCUGCUCAACGACGUGGCCCGCUGGUCGCAAAGCGAUAACCCAGAGAAACAAGAAUGGGGCAGGCGCUGGGAAGCCCUGCUGCGUCGCGACCUCCGCUGGCAGAUGGUUUGCGAACGCACGCGAUACUUCGAACCGCACGAGACCGAACACGGCAGCAUCUUCAGCAACGAGACGUUCGUCAUCGCCGCCAUCCGCGAGCAACUCCCCGCGCCCCUGAAGUCCCUUCCCCUACGGGUCGAUCUCCCCCGCCACAUCCACCGCCCCGGCACCCGCGGCCCCGUGCCCGGCCAAAACUUCUACUACGACGCCACCACCGGCGACGUAAAAAACCUCACCGACAACACCCUCUUCAACAACCUCCCCCUCAGCUACCGCAUCUGCCGCGUCUACGCCGAAACAACCAACCACAACCCCCAAAUCGCCGCAUCCCUAGACAAGCUACUAAAACCAGGAGAGUCAUCCAAGCCUCCAGAAGUCCGUUGUAGGCUGCCCUCGCUCAGCUACUUGAAGAAUCGUGCUGAGAACCUGAUCCAUACCGCAGUGUUCGAGUAUACUGCACAUCGUCAUCAGCGAUCCGUUCCCAAAUACAACCCUCUACCACCAAAACCCGCAGUGAAACGCCCGUUCGACCCACUACGCCUCGUCCAACUGCUGGCCUGCAUUCUUCUGUGCCAGACCACGCUGGUUGUCGUGCUCGGGUUUCGCGAUUACUUUCCGCCUAACUUUCGCUCCGAUUUCCUCCUCGGGCGGAAAGACUAUUUCUUCGGGCCAUAUCAAUGGGCGUUCUAUGCCCACAUUCUCUCCGGCCCCUUCGCCCUGGUCGCUGGCUUGGUACUAAUCAGUGAGGCAUUCCGCCUCCGCUUCCCGGCAUGGCAUCGACGCUUGGGGCGAGCACAGAUUCUGUGCGUCAUCUUCCUGGUGGCACCAAGUGGGCUGUGGAUGGCAUUCUACGCGGCCACAGGUUUCGUAGCCGGCAGCGGAUUUGCCGCCCUGGCGAUCGCCACCGCAAUUUGUGGCCUGAAAGGCUGGCAGUCCGCGGUUCAGAGGCGAUUCGACCAACAUCGCCUGUGGAUGUUGCGCUGCUUCGCCCUGCUCUGUUCUGCCGUCGUCCUGCGAUUGAUCGGUGGCCUCUCCGAGACACUCACCAUCGCAGGAACCUACCCCUUCGCAGCCUGGCUGAGCUGGCUCUUGCCCCUGAUCUUUAUCGAGUCGCUGCGACUUACUCCGGUGAUUCAACUGAGAGUCCGAAUCGAUCAGCAGCACCUCUUCUUCGCUGAUGUCAUUCGGCGACAUCCAAUGAACCGCCCGAUCGGACGGUGCAUCGAUCACGCCAAUGGUAUUUCCCAAACCGUCGGCGAUCCCAUCCAAAGCUCGUGGAACUUCCCCCGCGAAAGCACAAUCGGGCCCAACGAUCCCAAGAAACGUCGUCAGCCCUUCCUCAUCCUUGGCACUGGGGCACAAGUACUCUUCCACAACCAUCGCCCGAGCUUCAGCAUUCGCCGGAUCGUCCCAUGGUUUCGACAAGUCGAUCAUCUUGUGAACGUCAGCAGUCAUAUGACUGCGAUAUGGCAAUAUCAAGGUCCGCCAGCUAUGCAGCCGAUUCCCCUCCGCAUCCACCGUAUAAGCCGGAGGGAGUGUGCCCUGAUCAACCUGAUAGUAAUGAAGGGCAAGCCCGAUUUGCUUAAGUUGUUUUUGGUGGGCGUUCAUGACGUUUCGGAUUGGUCCCGCUACGGACUCAACCCAAGUUUCGUUAAUGUGGGUUGGUUCUUUCUCUUGUGGGAUCCGAUGUCUCUGGACACUUACCAAAACCCGCUGAUUGAGCGGUAUGCGUCGAAGGCGAUGAGUGGGCUGUGGAGCCCGCAGCGGAAGUUCAGCACUUGGCGGCGAUGCUGGGUCGCCCUGGCCGAGGCCGAGUCGGAGAUGGGCCUGCGGGUUUCGUCGCAACAGGUCGAACUGCUGAAGAAGCAUAUCGACGACAUCGACUUCGAUGCGGCCCGCGAGUACGAGCGGAAGCUGCGGCACGACGUAAUGGCCCACGUGCACGCCUACGGCGAUGCCUGCCCCGCAGCGCGCGACAUCAUCCACUGGGGUGCCACAAGCUGCUUCGUCACCGACAAUACCGACCUGCUGCUGCUCCGCGAUGCCCUCGGCCUGGUUCGCGAUCGCCUGGUUCGGGUGAUCGACCGCCUGGCCACGUUCGCCGUGGAGUAUCGCGAUCUGCCGACGCUGGCCUACACGCACAUGCAGCCGGCCCAACCCACCACGGUCGGCCGCAGAGCCUGCCUGUGGGCGUACGACCUGGUGUUGGACCUCGAAGAAAUCGAACAUCGCCUGGCCACCCUUCGCGCCCGCAGCACGAUGGGCACCACCGGCACGCAGGCCAGCUUCCUCGAACUCUUCGGCGGCGACCACGACAAGGUGCGGCAGUUGACCGAGAAGGUCGCCACAAAGUUGGGCUUCAAGUCCACCCUCGCCGUCACCGGUCAGACGUACCCCCGGAAGAUCGACUCGCAGGUGCUCGACGCCCUCUCCGGCAUCGCCCAAAGCGCCCACAAGGCGGCCAACGACCUGCGACUGCUACAAGCGAACAAAGAAAUCGAAGAGCCGUUCGAGAAGCACCAGAUCGGCUCUUCAGCCAUGGCCUAUAAACGAAACCCGAUGCGAAGCGAACGCAUCUGUGCGUUGGCCCGCUUCGUAACCAGCCUGCAAAGCAGCGCCGCCCAAACGGCCGCCACCCAGUGGAUGGAACGUACGCUGGACGAUAGCGCGAAUCGCCGACUCACGCUGCCGCAGGGCUUUCUGGCCAUCGACGCCAUUUUGCUGCUGUACAACAACGUGGCCGACGGCCUGGUGGUUUAUCCCCAGGUCAUCGCCAAACGCUUGAACGCCGAAUUGCCGUUCAUGGCCACCGAAACCAUCCUCAUGGAAGCCGUCACCCGCGGCGGCGAUCGCCAGGAACUGCAUGAACGCAUCCGCCAACACAGCCAGGCCGCCGCAGCCGUCGUAAAACAAGAAGGCGGCGACAACGACCUGCUCGAACGAUUAGCCGAAGACGAAGCCUUCGCCGGCAUCGACUUGCAAGCCGCCCUCGACCCGAUCAAGUUCGUCGGACGCUCGCCCCAGCAAGUCGACGAGUUUAUCGCCAACGUGGUGAGCCCCAUUCGCGAGCGCUACAGCGAAGCAUUGUUAGCGCGAGAGUUCAACUCCCGGGGCGACGCCACCGGCUGGUUCGAGCAGCUCUACACCGAGGCCGCCGGCAACGAAGCCGAAGUACCCUGGGCCGACAUGCUGCCGAAUUCCACUCUGGUCGCAUGGCUCAAUCGCGCAGACCUAACCACCGCCGGCAAGCAUGCCCUGGUGAUCGGCUGUGGCCUGGGCGACGACGCCGAAGAACUGCAUCGCCGCGGCUUCAAAGUUCGAGCCUUCGACAUCUCCCCAACCGCGGUCGACUGGUGCCAGCAACGAUUCGCCGACUCUCCGGUCGACUACCUGGUGGCCGACCUUCUCAACCCACCGGCACCUUGGCGGCAGGCGUUCGACUUCAUCUUCGAAGCCAACACCCUGCAGGCCCUGCCCGAAGACCUCCGAGCUGUCGCCAUGACAAACCUGGCCAGUUUCCUCGCCCCCGGCGGAGCACUGCUCGUCAUCGCCCGCGGCCGCGAACCCAAUGAGCCCCUCGCAGAAGUCCCCUGGCCACUAACCCGCCAGGAGAUGGAAACCUUCACCCGCGCCGAGCUGAUUGAAGAACAGUUCGAAGAGUUCCUCGACGACGAAGACCCGCCUACGCGAAGAUUUCUGGCGGUCUAUCGAGCAGUGCAGAAUGCCUCCGGAUGA